AUGGCUUCACCAUUUGUUGCAGUCGUGGGCGCGACUGGUGGAAUGGGCCAGCUUGUCGUGAUGGAGCUGAUUAAACGAGGCGUGGCUGUGAAGGCCCUCGUGCGCCCGAACACCGAUGCAUCCCGCACCCAAAAACUCCGCGAGGCCGGCGUUAUCAUCACUCCAGUCAACCUCAGUGAUGUCACAUCCCUCACUCGCGAGCUUACCGGCGCUACAUGUGUUGUCUCCACCCUACAGGGUCUGCGAGAGGUUAUUCACAGUCUGCAGGGCAAACUGCUCCAGGCUUCCGUGGCUGCCAAGGUGCAGCGAUUUAUCCCAUCCGAUUUCUCCCUCGAUUUCACCAAAACCAAGCCAGGAUCCAACAGGAACUUGGACCUGCGUCGUGAAUUCCACGCCCAGUUGAGAAACUCCGGCAUUGCCUGGACCAGUAUCCUCAACGGUGGCUUCAUGGAUCUGAUGGCUGGCGACACACCUAUGAUCAACCACAAGAGCCACAAGGUCCCUUAUAUCGGAAAGCUGACCCAGCUGCUCGACUUCACAACUAUGGCUGAUACGGCUGCCUAUACUGCUGCCGUGGCCGCUGACCCGAACCCUGCUCCUAACUUCCUCCGCAUUGCAAGCGACAUUGUCAGCGUGCAGGAUAUCGCCAACGCGCAAACCAAGGUGCAAGGUGUGCAAUACAAGCCCAGCUGGAUGGGCCCUAUUGGAUUCAUGGAGUUCAUGAUCCGAGUCAUGCGCCUGUUCGGCGGUGAAAAUGAUGUGUUCCCCGCCUGGCAGGGAAUGCAAUAUAUGGCAAAUAUGAUGUCUGGCGCUGGCAAACUCGAUCCUAUCGACAACUCCCGCUAUCCAGAGCUGACUUGGACAAAGGUUGAGGAUUUCUUCCGUGAUUGCAAAGCGAAGGAGGGUAAAUGA